AUGCGAAUCGAAGGGGAUUCGUCGGAAAACUACGGGGCCACGUGCGGUAAAAUGAAUGAAAAUGGACUGUUUUAUGCGCUACACAGCAACGAAACGCUGGCACAGUACGGAGAGUUUCCAUGGGUGGUGUUUAUUGCAACGAUCAAUAAGACGUCCGGCGCAGCAACAUUCGUAUGUGGAGGAGCACUUAUACAUCCGCUGUAUGUGCUCACAACCGCUCAUAAUGUUGUAGGAAAAUCCCAACUUCAUGCACGUUUUGGCGAGUGGGACAUCGGUACCGACAAAGAACUCUUCCCGCAUCAGGAAAUCACAGUGGACGAAAUCAUUAUACACCCAGGAUACUCACUGUCUCCAAUAAAGAACGACAUUGCGUUACUUGCCCUUAAAACGAGAGUAUUGUAUCAGGUACACAUUCAGCCAAUCUGCCUCCCACAAGAAACCGACGAGUUUGACGGAGAACGAUGCAUCUCUAACGGAUGGGGAUCGGUAGAAGGGAGUUACGCAAGAAUUAUGAAGAAGAUCAGCCUUCCCGUGAUCCCACGAGCCAGAUGCCAGAGGAUGAUUCAGUUUGCUGGUCUUGGACCACACUAUCGCCUUCCAGAAGGUUUCAUAUGUGCCGGUGGAGAAGCCGACGUGGACACGUGCAAAGGAGACGGCGGUUCUCCGUUAGCCUGUAGGCAGCCAGAUGACAGCUUCGUGCUGGCAGGACUUGUAUCCUGGGGUAUUGGCUGUGGAGGGCAUUAUCGUCCCGGCGCGUACGUUGCUGUCAACAAAUAUGUAUCAUGGAUAAACAGCAAUAUCUAUCCAGAACAUACGUUGGCAGACAUCUAUUGGUGCGUGUUGUUCGUUUUGUACUCGUUGGUUUGUGCAGCAACAUCCGACAACAUCUACGACGAACCGUUGAAGAAGUGUGAAGGAGGAUACUGUCUACCAAAAUUUGUGUGUCAAAAUGGCGUGUACAAUAAAAAUAACUCACCGGAUAUUACUUUACGGCUUGCGAGCGAUGAUGACGACGAAUGCAUCGACUUAAUGUUAGUCUGCUGCAGAAAUGAUACAGAAAUUGUUGGAAAUUCGGAGUGUUCCGAUGGACACUGUGUUGCGAAGGAAUUGUGUCCCAAUGGAAUUUACGACGAAACUAAAGCACAAGAGCAUGAAUUUAUUCAACUGAAACUUGGUGGUUGUACGGACACACAAACCUGUUGCAAAACUGCUCCACAAUUUCCGCUUCAACCAGUAGGAUUACUCUCGUUUUUGCAAUCGAAUGAGCAUCAAAUACAUAUAAUAACCUUUUUUUUGCAGUCCCAAGUUUCGAGAAAAGUCGAGAACUCAGAAUGUGGUAAGUCUAAUCCCAACGGUUUGGUGUAUCGUUUUGAAGGUAAUCGUUCCUACGCUCAAUACGGCGAGUUUCCAUGGAUGGUCGUUAUUAUGGCAACCAAUAGUGAUUUAUCCCUCAAAAAGAUUGUUGGUGGAGGUUCGUUGAUUCAUCCUAAAUUUGUCGUAUCAGCUGCUCACAUUUUCAAAGCAGGUGAAGAGUAUCUUGCCCGAUUCGGUGAGUGGGACCUUCAAGGAACAAAUAAAUCCAACGAGCCCUAUCCAGUACAGGAUAUUAAAAUUGAACGUAACAUCACUCAUCCAGCCUACAUUAAACUUGGCUUGAGAAAUGACAUCGCUUUGGUCAAGCUGGUGGAAGAAGUAACCUUUCAGCAUCAUAUCAGACCAAUCUGCCUGCCGAAACCGGACGAUGUGUUUGACGGGCAAAGAUGCAUAUCCACUGGCUGGGGAGUUGACGCACAUACAUCCAAGUUUGCCAACGUUCUGAAGCGUAUUGACCUACCCGUCAUUCCCCGGGAGACCUGUUUGCAAAUGUUCCGAGCCACGCGGCUUUCUAUAUUUUUUGAGCUUCACGAAAGUGUCCUAUGUGCCGGCGCCGAAGAGGGUGUGGACAUGUGCGAUGGCGAUGGUGGUGGGCCAUUGGCAUGUGUAAAGGAGGAUGGGACUUAUGCUCUGGCUGGGAUAGUUUCCUGGGGACUUGGUUGCCAUGAAAAUGGGGUUCCUGGUGCGUACGUUAAUGUGGCAAAAUUCAGUAACUGGAUUACCCAAACCCUCCGCGAUGCGAAUUGAAAAGUAAAAUUGUACUACAAUAUUCAUGCAACGAUCAUCCAGACCACAAAUAGAU